AUGAGCAUUAUCACUCCAAAAUCUGCACUAUGGGUCAUUGAUUCCGGUGCAACAGAUCAUGUGACUUUUGACUUAAAAGAUUUUGCAAGUUUUCAAAAUAUUGAUCCAAUCAAUGUGAUAUUGCCAAAUGGGACCAAAACUCUGGACGUCAACACUGCCUUCCUUCAUGGAGAUUUGGACAAGGAAGUUUAUAUGAAGUUACCACCCGGUUUGGCUGUAUCACAACCAGGUUUGGUUUGUAAAUUGCAAAAAUCUCUAUAUGGGCUUAAGCAAGCAAGCAGGCAAUGGAACAUUAAGCUCACUCAGACUCUUGUGGAUGCUGGUUAUAAGCAGUUUUUUUAUGAUCAUUCACUCUUCAUCAAGAAACAAUCUGAAAGCUUCACUGCCAUUCUAGUAUAUGUUGAUGACAUGGUUUUAACCGGGAAUGACAUUGGUGAAAUCAAUUCCAUCAAGCAAGAUUUGGAUGACAAAUUCAAAAUAAAGGAUCUUGGUGAUCUCAAAUACUUCUUGGGAAUGGAAGUAGCACGCUCUAACUCUGGAAUUCACAUUUACCAGCGGAAGUACACCAUGGACCUUCUCAGAGAUUUUGGUUAUCUAGAUUGCAAGCCUCUCUCUACUCCAUUUGAUUAUACUCAGAAACUCUCAAAGGAAUCAGGUACCAUUUUAACAGACAACACUGUUUACAGACAGCUCAUCGGCCGACUCCUUUACCUCACAAACACUAGACCCGAUAUCUCUUAUGCUGUGGGACGUUUGAGCCAAUUUUUGGAUUGUGCAACCACUUCUCACCUACAGGCUGCUUUUCGUGUACCCCGAUAUUUAAAAGGCCGACCUGCAACUGGUCUCUUCUUCACCUCUACUUCUAAUCUGCAUCUUACUGGAUUUGCCGACGCUGACUGGGCUACCUGUGCCGAUACUCGUCGCUCUGUUUCCGGUUAUUGCUUCAUGCUUGGGAACUCACUCAUUAGCUAG